UUGAUCGACCACUAUUUCUUCAAUUUCCCGUAAAAGAUGGUGAGAGUGGUUUAUUUCGUUGUUGGGCUGUGCCUGCUAACCGUUUUGGUUCAGGUUCGAGGAGGUUGCGGCCAUAAACACAAGCACGACAAUGAGCGAAACCAAGGACGAAGUUCGAAAAGUAUUUCAGAAAUGGCCCAAGCAAAGAUGGCAAAGUUGUUCCCAAAGAUAGAUCAAAAUAAUGACAAUGCAAUUGACGAGAUUGAAAUUCACCAAUUUAUUCUGUCUAUGGACGGCGUCGGAGAUGUAGCCGCUAAGGAUGGUAUGGUAACGAAAGAAGAAUUCGUCUCUGCCAACCAAGACAGGAAACACAAGGAGAACAGGUUUCCCAACGAACUGGUCUACGGCAGAUUCGACCGAGACAACAAUGGCGACAUUGACGAAGCUGACAUCAAGCUGUUCGUCGAUACAUUUGAUAAAAACGGCGAUGGUAAGGUCAGCCGGGACGAAUACUCUGCCGAAAUUAGCAAGGAAACUACGCCACUAGACGAAGCAAUCGAGGAGUUGUUCGUCAUCAACGACAUGAACUACAACGGGUUCUGGGACCGCCUCGACCAGCACGCCCUCUGGAAUCAGUAUGAUAUAAACAAGGACGGCAUCAUUACCGAGCACGAGUUUAAACGCUACUGGAACGUUCUGUACUGCACCAACUUCGGCCCCGGAGAAUACUGGUUCAAGAACUUCGACGUCAACCAAGAUGAUGUCAUUGAUGAAUUCAGAGAUAAGGAGGACGUUAUAAUGUCCUUUGAUAUAAAUCGUGACGGAAUGGUUACAGAAGAGGAGAUGAAGAUUGAAAUCAAAAAGCUGAUGAAGCGCAUACCAGACAAAAAGAAAUGGAAAUGUCCAGAAUACUAGUAGGCUAAUCUAAAAAACAGUUAGAGGAACGUCCACCUGGAGCGCCCUCGAAUUUCUAUGUAAUCAGUCGCGUUACAAAUAUAAUACAUCAUCAAC